GGGUCGCAGCGGCGGCGGCGGGCCCGGAGCCGGGCCGAGGAGCCGGGCGCGAUGGAGCGGAAGAGGUGGGAGUGCCCGGCGCUCCCGCAGGGCUGGGAGAGGGAAGAAGUGCCCAGAAGGUCGGGGCUGUCGGCCGGCCACAGGGAUGUCUUUUACUAUAGCCCCAGCGGGAAGAAGUUCCGAAGCAAGCCCCAGCUGGCGCGCUACCUGGGCGGCUCCAUGGACCUGAGCACCUUCGACUUCCGCACGGGCAAGAUGCUGAUGAGCAAGAUGAACAAGAGCCGCCAGCGCGUGCGCUACGACUCCUCCAACCAGGUCAAGGGCAAGCCCGACCUCAACACGGCGCUGCCGGUGCGGCAGACGGCGUCCAUCUUCAAGCAGCCGGUGACCAAGAUCACCAACCACCCCAGCAACAAGGUCAAGAGUGAUCCACAGAAGGCUGUGGACCAGCCUCGGCAGCUGUUCUGGGAGAAGAAGCUAAGCGGGCUGAGCGCCUUUGACAUUGCGGAGGAGCUGGUCAGGACCAUGGACCUGCCCAAGGGGCUGCAGGGGGUGGGCCCCGGCUGCACAGAUGAGACCCUGCUCUCUGCCAUCGCCAGUGCCCUGCACACCAGCACCAUGCCAAUCACAGGCCAGCUCUCGGCUGCCGUGGAGAAGAACCCUGGCGUGUGGCUGAACACCACGCAGCCCCUGUGCAAAGCCUUCAUGGUGACCGAUGAAGAUAUCAGGAAGCAAGAGGAGUUGGUGCAGCAGGUGCGGAAGCGGCUGGAGGAGGCACUGAUGGCUGACAUGCUGGCCCAUGUGGAGGAGCUGGCUCGUGACGAGGCGCCCUUGGACAAGGCCUGCGGGGAUGAGGAGGAUGAGGAGGAUGAGGAAGAUGAGGAGGAGGAGCCCGAGCCAGACCCGGAGCUGGAGCGCGUCUAGAGCAGGUUCCCUGCCCAGAGCCCGUCCUCCUCUGCUCCGCCCACUGCACCUGGCCCUGCCGAACUGGGGCCAGGCUGGGUGGCCGUAGUUUGGAGGGGUCAGCUGGACCUCACCCUUCCUAGGUGCCCCUCCCCGGCCUCGGGGUGUGGUGGAGGUCACCACCCCAUGGACCUGGGGACGGAGUGUGGCCAACUCAGGCCUGCAGGACAGGAGGCCACUCCAUACAGGACUCAGGGCCGCUGCUCCCUGGCUGUGAGGCAGGACAGUGCCAGCGGGCUUGCCCAUUACUCAGUGCCACAAGGCCUGCAGCUGUGGAGUUUCCACAGGCUGGAGAACGUUCUGGAAACAGUCUCACCCCAGCCCUGCAGUGAGGAACAUGGUCCUGAGCCAGCAGGCCAGCCCUUUGGGACACCGUUGCCACAACCCUGCAGCCUCCAAGUGGGCAGAGUUGGUGACCCUUGGAAGGGGCCCUGGGCAGUGGCCCCCAGGAGGCUGAUUUCUUUCAAUAAAUGGAUGACACAAAUGA